CGAGAAGCGAGUCGAGUCGAGUCGAGUCGAGUUCGGACAAAACCACCGUGAUGCGGAACACCGAACAAAAUCGCUCAAGCCUCAAGCGUGGCCAUGGCGCAGAUCCUUCCGUCAACACUACUACCGGUAUCAAUUUCUUUUGACGAGAGGUUGUAAGACGACAAUGGAAGGAGGAGGAGCACCAACAACCAUCACUACCAGCUACAUAGCGAGCGACGAUGGCGGCAUCACUAGCCUCAAUGCCUCCCACAAAUCACCAGGAGCUUCCUCCAACCAUCACGAUGACGACAUUCCAAUGUCCGACCUCUCGGACCACCAAUCUGCCGCUCCUGCUUCCGACGACGAUGAGUACCAUUGCUUGGAAGAUUCCACUACUGUUGUGGAAGAUGACAAUCAAAGUACAAUGAUGGUGGAUAUUAGUCAAAAGGUCCAAUCGAGCAACAUUACAGCAUUUGUCACGCUGCUCAAGGCGCUCUUUGGUGUGUCCCUCUUAUCCAGUCCUCGUGUUUUGGGCGAAACAGGACUCGUGUUGGGAGUCCUCGUCUACAGUUUGAUUGUGACGGCGUGCAUGGGCUCCUGCUGGUGUCUGCUGCAAGCACGGGACAAGGUGGCCACGGCAUCGUCGUCCUCUCCCGAAACCUCCACCACCGCCACUAGACCAUCCCUCUUGACGGCAACGUCAUCGUCGAUAUCGGCAACCACCACCUUGUCUGCCAACGCCAUUACAUAUGGUGAUUUGGGAUUAUCACUGCUGGGAGUAAAACAAAGUGUCAUGAUCAACUUUUUGAUUGUGUCUUUGCACAUUUGCUUUGGAGCUGGGCUGGUGUCCAGUAGCAUGCAUCAAAUUGCUAUUGUGUUGGGAUGGGAUAUUGUAGACGAUCAAUACAGCGAUAGCCAAUAUGAAAACAACAAUGAUAGCCAAGAGGAGGAAGGAGAGGAAGAAGAGGAACAACAAGAUGCCGUUUGGAUGGCUGGUAGAUGGAUACUCGCAGCGAUUCUCUUUCCUCUCAUUUCCGCUCUGCUACAAUUUCGCAACAUUAAAGGACUAUUUUGGGUAUGCUUCGCGGGAUUACUCGUCUUUUUGGUGGGAUGUGUGGGGACCAUGGUAUACUCAACAAUACUCGUCGACAAUGAUGGAGAUGGAAGCUUGAUAUGGGACCUUCCCGAUGAUGCUUUUGUUUUCAAAUGGGGUGGAAUUCCAGAUUUUGUGGCAUCCACGCUCUGUGCCAUGGAAGGGAUCAACCUUGCCUUGCCCAUUGCCAACAGCUACCUAGCGAGUGCAACGCUCAAGAGCGAAAACAAAAACUAUCAAUCCGCAAGUGCGGAAAUACCAAAAAAGUCACUCAUUUCCGUGGUGACAUCUGCCAUUGGAGCGUUUGGCGCCAUGACGUUGUUGAUUUCCAUUUUUGGUUACUCGAGUGGGUUGGGAGGUGGUGAGGGGACCAAAUACGACAAGGGAAGCGAUGAUGAUAAUGCCGACUGUCGCACGGUCGCAUAUUGCUUGGACUCGGAGUUGCUCUCCAAUGUUCAUCGACUCUCCUUGGCUGCCGCACUCAUCUUGACACUGCCCAUCAUCCUGUACCCGUCUCUGGAAAUGAUUGAAAAGUGGGCAGAAGAACGACACCGACAAUUGAAACAUGGCAAGACAUCCUCGGGGCAAACUGUUGGAAGUUCCUGGAAUGGAUUUGUGUUCCAGAAACCUCCCGAAACCUUGCAACGAAAACUGCAAAUUGAAGAGUUUCUAUUUGGAACGGAACCAUAUUUUCCUGGAUUGCAUCGCCACUGGAGGUAUCGCAUCGCCCAUGCAUCCGCUGUCUGCCUUUUGGCCAUUGCGGAUCGACCGUGGAAUCGUGCAUUGGUACUGUACAAGGGGGUGGGUCUAUCGAUAGCCUGUUUCGUGUUGCCCGUCAUGUUGUACAUCCGAGCAAGCACACUUCCCGUGAUACUGGCGCAGCCGGGGCUGGCAGCUGCGCUCGCGGGGUUGACGACUUUGGGACUAGUCAACCUUGUCCUCGUAUUCUUGUCGGUUUUUACAGAACAUAACUAUUUGCCUACAGAGCUCCACGAAGGCCCCCCGGGGCCACAUCACGGAGAGGAAGAAGAAGCGGCUCACUUUUAGACCUCCAGAACGAAAUGUGAAUAUCAGGUCAGGUGUAAUUCAGUUGCUGUUAUAAUGCUAUAGAAUGGUUGAUUUGUGGUAGCGGUGU